AUGUCUUCCACCGGACCUACCCAGCAGACCCGCGCUUCUGCCAUCAACAUGGACGGAUCCAAAGAUGGCGGCUCCCCCACCGGCGGUCGAUCCCGCUCCGGCUCCCACGCCUCGCAACAGAAGGCCCCGAACCCUUUCGGUCCUUCCAUGGGAUUCGACCCUGCCAAGCCUCAGGGUGGUCCCGAGAAGGAACACCAGAACACCCGCAUCGACCCGCCUCCCGAGUCGUUUCUCAACCCUGGCGCUUCUCCCUUCAUUCGGAGACCCGGCUACAACACCGCCGGUAAGCCAGUCAACCUGGAGGUGAACCAGUUCCGUGUCAAAGAGUGGGAUGACAAGAAGACCAUCUUUCAAUACGAUGUCACCAUCUCCCCGCCUCCCUUGAAGUACAAUGUUGUCUUCAAGAAGUGUUGGGAGUCUCCAGCCGUCCAAGAGAUGCUUAAGAAAUACAAGUGUCUUUGGCUGCAAGAUGGUCGAAAGCUCGCUUGGUCCUCGGUUCCCAUCAACCGUGGAGAGGAGCGCCUCAAGGUCGAUCUCGAUGAGGGAAGGCCUGUGCGACCCAAUGCCAAGGCCCGCGACAAUACCUUCUACUUCGUGAUGAAGGAAACCAAAAGGAUCAAUCUGGCUGCCCUUGAGGCCUAUCUCACCGGCAAAAUGGAUUGGGACAGCUCCGUUUUGGAGUGCAUGAACUUCCUUGACCACCUUGUUCGACAGUAUCCGAGCGAGCGUUUGUUGUCUAUCAAGCGCAACUUUUACAACGAGCGCAACAAAAAGAGCAUGGAACUCGGCGUCUGCUUGGAGGUUGUGAAGGGUGUUUACUCUUCGGUCCGGAUGAACCAGUCAUUCUGCAACAAGAUUGGCCGCGGACUCGGUCUGAACGUUGAUGUCGCCAACACUGCCUUCUGGAAGGGAAACUGCCCGCUUCACAUGUUCGUCCGAGACUUUCUGGGAACUUGUGAACGAAAGUGGCAGGGCCUGAAGCCUAACGACAUCGCCGAGCUCCUCAAGCCCGUUCGCCAGAAGGACCAGAACGGCCGAUCCACCUUCGCCAUGUCGGAGGCGUUCAAGCAUCUUCGCAAGCUGGUCAAGCUCCGCUUCUCGCCCAAGCACCGUGGCAAGGAAAGCUGGGACAAGACGUAUAACAUCAAGGCUUUCGCUUUUGGUCAGCAGUACGGCGAGCGGGGUGCCACCGCAGACAACAUUACCUUCGUCAACAAUGGCGAAGAAAUGACCAUUGCCCAGUACUUCCAGAAGACAUACGGCGUGCAGAUUAUGUUCCCCAACUGGCCUGUGGUUGAGACAGCAAAGGCCGGCUUCUUUCCGAUGGAGGUUUGUCUCAUCAAAGCCAUGCAGCGGUACCCCUACAAGCUGGACCCCGAUCAGACUGCUGCCAUGAUCAAGGCUGCGGUCACUCGGCCAACCCAGCGCAAGGCCGACAUCAUGGAUGCAAAGAGUCAGCUGGCGUGGAAGGAAGACCCCUACCUUCGCCAAUACGGCGUGGUGUUUGAUGAUCAGAUGGCUCGAACCCAAGGCUCCCUGCUGGAGCCUCCCAAGAUCCAGUACGCAAACAACAUCACAAGCCCAAUGUUCUCUGGCCGCUGGGAUCUGCGUGGCAAGAAGUUCUGGGUUCCCAACCGGCAGCCCCUCCAGUCCUGGGGUAUUGUGGUUCUGGAGAACGCAUGUAACAAGGCCGCCGCCCAGGCCUUUGCGCAAACGUUCAAGCAGACAUACACCGGCCACGGCGGCAAGGUUGCCAAGGACGCAGUCGUCAUUGACAGUGAGAUCCGCAACCACAACGUUGCCGAUGCCAUUGCAAAGGCAUACGCGCAGAUAAAGGCCUACACGAAGGCCACCCCGCAGCUUCUCUUCUGCGUGUUGAGGUUCAACAACGCUGGGUCCUACGAGCGCAUCAAGAAAUCUGCUGAUUGCCGUUUCGGUCUUUUGACCCAGUGCGUUCUUGCGCGUCAUGUCGAGAAGAACCAGGGGCAGUACCACUCCAACGUGGCCAUGAAGGUCAACGCCAAGCUCGGCGGCAUCACCUGUCGCAUCCCUCAUCCGUCGGGUCCGGCAAGCAAGGCGCCUGCCUUUUUCAAAGAGGUCACCAUGAUGAUUGGCGUUGAUGUGUCCCACGCCACGCCUGGUAUCGACGCCCCUUCGAUGGCCGCGAUGACUAUGUCCAUGGAUCAGGACGCAACGUUCUACUCCGCAGCCGUCGAGACCAACGGUUACCGCGUCGAGAUGAUGUCUCCCAUCAAUGCAAGAAACUUUCUCGCCCGCCUGAUGCCCACGUGGCACAAGCGCAUGAACCACCCAGCGCCGCCUCCUCACAUCAUCUACUUCCGUGACGGUGUGUCUGAAGGACAAUACUCCCAGGUCCUCGAAUACGAGGUCGAAACCAUGAAGAAGCUGAUGCAGCAGAAGUACCAGGGGCAAAAACAGCCCAAGUGGACUGUGAUUGUGGCUACCAAGCGUCACCACAUCCGUUUCUUCCCGCAGCAGGGAGACAAGAAUGGAAACCCGCUGCCCGGUACCCUCCUGGAGCGGGAGGUGUGCCAUCCCUUCUGGUGGGACUUCUACCUCUGCUCUCACGUCGCCAUUCAGGGCACCGCGCGACCCGUCCACUACACUGUCCUUGUGGACGAAGCCAAGAUGAACCCAAACGACCUUCAGAAAAUGAUCUAUGGUCAAUGCUACUCCUACGCCCGCUCGACGACUCCGGUCUCUCUUCAUCCUGCAAUCUACUACGCGGAUCUUGCUUGCGGCCGCGCCCGUGCCCAUGAGAAUAUUGCCACUUCGCAGGGCUUCCGAUCCGGUCCCAAGGCUGCAGAGAUGGUUGAGGAGUAUGGUGCUCGUGGCCAGUCCAUGUUCGAGAACGAGCGGCCCACCGAGGCCAUGCAGCUCCUGCCUCUGGGCGGCGGCGGUCCGGACGCCGAUCCUCAAGCGACGGAGAUGUUCAAGGGCACUAUGUGGUACAUCUAA